GUUUUUAUUUUUUUAAUUUCCCUGCGCGUUAAUUGUUUUAGCCCCUCUCCCCUCUUUCGAUGUGCGGCUUUGGACAUGCGGAGGCUACUGCAACCGUGUUGGUGGAUCUUUUUCUUGAAAAUCACCAGCUCCGUGCUCCAUGAUGUGGUGUGCUUCCCCGCUCUGACCGAAGGUUAUGUUGGCUCUCUGCAUGAAAACAGACAUGGUAGUUCUGUGCAGAUACGGAGGCGAAAGGCUUCGGGGGAUCCUUACUGGGCAUACUCGGGUACCUAUGGUCCCGAGCACUGGGUUACUUCCAGCGAGAAGUGCGGGGGGUCCCACCAGUCUCCCAUAGACAUCGUGGACCAUCAGGCUCAUGUUGGAGAUGAGUAUCAGGAACUGCAGCUCGAUGGUUUUGACAAUGAAUCUUCUAACAAGACUUGGAUGAAAAACACGGGAAAAACGGUUGCUAUCCUGCUGAAGGAUGAUUACUUUGUCAGCGGCGCCGGGUUGCCAGGCAGAUUCAAGGCAGAGAAGGUUGAGUUCCACUGGGGUCAGAGCAAUGGAUCAGCAGGCUCUGAGCACAGCAUCAAUGGCAAGAGGUUCCCCGUUGAGAUGCAGAUUUAUUUCUACAAUCCCGAUGACUUUGACAGUUUUGGAACAGCAGUUCUAGAAAACAGGGAAGUAGGAGCCAUGGCCGUGUUUUUUCAAGUCAGUCAGAGGGACAAUUCUGCACUGGAUCCCAUUAUCCAUGGGUUGAAGGGCGUCGUACAUCAUGAGAAAGAGACCUUCCUGGAUCCCUUUGUGCUCAGGGACCUGCUGCCAACAUCGCUGGGGAGUUACUACCGCUAUACAGGUUCCCUGACCACUCCUCCCUGCAGUGAGAUCGUGGAGUGGAUCGUUUUCCGGAAGCCCGUUCCCAUUUCUUACCAUCAGCUGGAAGCUUUCUAUUCCAUAUUCACCACUGAGCAACAAGACCACGUCAAGUCUGUGGAGUACCUGAGGAAUAACUUCCGACCACAGCAAAGCCUGAACAACAGGAAGGUGUCUAAGUCUGCUGUGAAGGAUGCAUGGAGCCAAGAUAUGAUAGACAUCUUGGAAAAUCCACUGGGCACAGAAGCUUCCAAAGCUUGCAGCACUCCCCCAGUCAACAUGAAAGUGCAGCCUGUGAACAGGACAGCGUUGCUUGUAACCUGGAACCAACCAGAAACCAUCUACCACCCUCCAAUCAUGAACUACAUGAUCUCCUACAGUUGGACUAAAAAUGAAGAUGAAAAGGAGAAGACUUUCACCAAGGACAGUGACAAGGACCUGAAGGCCAUCAUUAGCCAUGUCUCACCUGACAUCCUUUAUCUGUUCAGAGUUCAAGCAGUUUGCCGAAAUGAAAUGCGUAGUGACUUUAGCCAGACUAUGCUCUUUCAAGCUAACACUACUCGAAUUUUCGAGGGGACCAGAAUUGUGAAAACAGGAGUGCCCACAGCCUCUCCUGCCUCCUCAGCCGACAUGGCUCCCAUCAGUUCCGGCUCCUCCACUUGGACCUCCUCGGGGCUCCCCUUCUCCUUUGUGUCCAUGGCCACAGGGAUGGGGCCUUCCUCCAGUGGCAGCCAGGCCACCGUGGCCUCAGUGGUGACCAGCACCUUGCUGGCGGGGCUGGGCUUCAGCGGCAGCGGCAUCUCCUCCUUCCCCAGCAGCGUGUGGCCCACCCGGCUGCCCACGGCAGCCACCCCCAGCAAGCAGGCUGGGCGGCCUGUGGUGGCCACCACUGAGCCUGCUGCUGCCUCCCCAGGGCCAGAGCGGGACUCGGCACUGACAAAGGAUGGCGAGGGAGCCGAGGAAGGGGAGAAGGAUGAAAAGAGUGAAAGUGAGGAUGGAGAAAGAGAGCGUGAGGAAGAAGAUGAAAAGGAGGCUGAAAAGAAGGAGAAAAGCAGGGCAACAGCUGCGGCGGAAGCACGCAAUAGCACAGAGCCCAGCGUGGCCACGGCUUCACCCAACUGGACUGCUGAGGAGGAAGGAAAUAAAACCAUAUCAGAUGAAGAGCCGAACCAAAAUGUUGCUCCCAAGGCUGGACAUCCUGAGGAGGAGAGUUUUACUGAAGUAGACACUCAGCCCCAGCCUCUCCCUUCCACCCAAGUGCCGCCGGCGUUCACCGAUGAACUUUAUCUGGGAAAGAUCCCGAGAAGACCAGAGACAACAAGAAAACCUCUCCCAAAGGACGACAGGUUUCCAGAGGAACAUCCCUCAGAUAACAAAUUCAUCACCAUUAAUCCAGCUGACAAGAACAGUUCCAGCAUGGCCACGAGACCUUCUCCUGGUAAAAUGGAAUGGAUCAUCCCGCUUAUUGUGGUCUCAGCACUGACUUUUGUGUGCCUCAUUCUUCUCAUUGCUGUGCUUGUCUACUGGAGAAAGUGUUUUCAGACUGCCCAUUUCUAUGUGGAAGACAGCAGCUCACCCCGUGUGGUCCCCAAUGAAAGUAUUCCCAUCAUACCUAUUCCAGAUGAUAUGGAAGCAAUUCCAGUCAAGCAGUUCGUUAAACACAUCAGUGAGCUGUAUUCUAAUAACCAGCAUGGGUUCUCAGAAGACUUUGAGGAAGUGCAGCGCUGUACGGCCGACAUGAACAUCACUGCAGAGCACUCCAACCACCCUGACAACAAGCACAAGAACAGAUACAUCAACAUCCUAGCGUAUGAUCACAGUAGGGUGAAGCUGAGGCCUUUACCAGGAAAAGAUUCUAAGCACAGUGACUACAUUAAUGCUAAUUACGUUGAUGGUUACAACAAAGCAAAAGCCUACAUUGCUACCCAGGGACCUUUAAAGUCUACCUUUGAAGAUUUCUGGAGGAUGAUUUGGGAACAAAAUACUGGAAUCAUUGUCAUGAUCACAAACCUUGUUGAAAAAGGAAGAAGAAAAUGCGAUCAGUACUGGCCGUCAGAGAAUAGCGAGGAGUAUGGCAACAUAAUAGUCACGCUGAAGAGCACAAACAUUCAUGCCUGCUACACUGUGCGCCGCUUCACGGUCAGGAACACAAAGAUGAAAAAGGGUCAGAAAGGAAACCCAAAAGGGCGCCAGAACGAGAGAACGGUUAUUCAGUAUCACUACACUCAGUGGCCUGACAUGGGUGUGCCAGAGUAUGCCCUUCCUGUGCUGACCUUCGUUAGGAGAUCAUCUGCAGCCAGAACCCCGGACAUGGGACCAGUGGUUGUGCACUGCAGUGCUGGUGUUGGCAGAACUGGAACCUACAUUGUGAUUGACAGUAUGCUGCAACAGAUAAAAGACAAAAGCACAGUUAAUGUCCUGGGUUUCCUGAAACAUAUCAGGACACAGCGCAACUACCUCGUCCAGACAGAGGAGCAGUACAUUUUUAUUCAUGAUGCCUUGUUGGAAGCCAUCCUUGGGAAGGAGACUGAAGUAUCUGCAAACCAGCUGCAUAGUUAUGUUAACAGCAUCCUCAUACCUGGCAUAGGAGGGAAGACACGAUUAGAAAAACAAUUCAAGCUGGUUACACAGUGUAAUGCAAAAUAUGUGGAAUGCUUCAGUGCUCAGAAAGACUGCAACAAAGAAAAGAACAGGAACUCAUCAGUCGUGCCAUCUGAGCGUGCUAGAGUGGGCUUGGCACCACUGCCUGGAAUGAAGGGAACUGAUUACAUUAAUGCCUCUUAUAUCAUGGGCUACUACAGGAGUAACGAGUUCAUCAUAACCCAACAUCCGCUGCCACAUACAACUAAAGAUUUCUGGAGAAUGAUCUGGGAUCACAAUGCACAGAUCAUCGUCAUGCUGCCAGACAACCAGAGCCUGGCAGAAGAUGAGUUUGUGUACUGGCCAAGUCGUGAGGAAUCUAUGAACUGUGAGGCCUUUACUGUGACCCUUAUCAGCAAAGACAGACUGUGCCUCUCUAACGAAGAGCAAAUUAUCAUCCAUGACUUUAUCCUUGAAGCUACCCAGGAUGACUACGUUCUGGAAGUCCGCCACUUUCAGUGUCCUAAAUGGCCAAACCCAGAUGCUCCCAUAAGCAGUACCUUUGAACUUAUCAAUGUAAUUAAGGAAGAGGCCUUAACGAGGGAUGGCCCCACCAUAGUUCAUGAUGAGUAUGGAGCUGUGUCAGCGGGAACGCUAUGUGCCCUUACCACUCUGUCCCAGCAGCUGGAGAAUGAAAAUGCUGUUGAUGUUUUCCAGGUGGCAAAGAUGAUAAAUCUUAUGCGGCCCGGAGUAUUUACAGACAUCGAGCAGUACCAGUUUCUUUACAAGGCAAUGCUGAGCUUGGUCAGCACUAAGGAGAAUGGAAAUGGUCCCAUGACACUGGACAAAAACGGUGCUGUGAUGGCCAGUGAUGAAUCGGAUCCCGCAGAAAGCAUGGAGUCUCUUGUCUAAUUGGAAACCUGAAAAGGCACUUAAUUUGUAGAACUUCUGAAGACUGAGCGAACUUUUUUGAGGCCUUUUUUGCCAGACUCUAGGUUAUACAAUAACCCAAUUACUUUUUUACACUGAUAAAAGUUUUGAUAUUUAUUUUUUGCCAUUUUAUGUCUUAAUGGUAUCCUACUGAGCAUUUGCACCUCUGUUUAUUUCACACAGUGAAACGCAAUUUUAUCUAGUUUGCACUAUAUGAUCAGUGUUACUGCCUAUAAUCUUCUAAUACAAAACAAGCCCUGAUGUGACAUUCCAUGACAACAAACAUGCUUUUUCUGUUUUGUUUAAAUGCAGUGAAGUUUUGCUAAACUACAGUGACCCUUGAAUUUUCAAUCUUGAAUGCUAGGCCAGAUGGAUUCUUUCUACAACAGAUACUGUACCCCUUCAUUCCAUAUUUAUUGUUUUAAUUAUCAUGUCACAACUUUGCUAACGGUAUUCUGCAUUCCAGUGGAGUGGAUGAGCAGCGUUCAUCCUUCUUGACAAAAUGUGGCAGGUGAUUAUUAGCUACAGUGAAGGUGUAAUGGCCUUGUGGAGCAGAAACAAUUAUUUCUGUAUUGUUUCACGUUACUGUUUUGUACGCUCACAGACCUAAGACUUGCUUCACAUGGAAUAGAAAAUCACCUACAAUAUAAUUAUGAAUUAGAUGCAAUUCAUGUGUGGGACGCAGUGACAGGUUUUGAUUUUACAAUCUCAAAGUUUCUCCAUUUAUGCAGAAAAAUGUCAGUUUUUGCUUUUAGCCAGCCCUGCGAUGGGAAAAUAUUUUGGUUUGAUUUUCAUCAAAGCCGAUGCAGUAAGAAAUCUCCUACAGCCCCAGGUCAGACCUGUUUUCAGAUAUAUUGAAGGUAGCAAUAUUUUACAUUACUAAGCUAUUCAAUAUUUUAAACACAUUAAUUUCCUUACUAUUUCUUGAAUAUGACCUCACACCUAAUGGUAUGUUACAUGAUGACAGGCGUUUCUUAAUUUCAUAACUGUUAGAUGCCAUUUUUACAGGUGUGUAAUUUUCAUACUUUAGUGCUAAAACAUAAAGUACUGAUCCAUAUUUACUGGUGAAGCAAACUAAUAAAAAAAACUACCUAUAAAGUUACAUUCUCCCUCUUUUUUUUGCCAGACUAAUUCUUUAGCACAACCCUAGUUUAUUGUGUUUUCCCUCCCACACCAAUGAACUGGUUUUUCCCAGAUUAUAUAAAUCAUUUGAAUUGUUGUUUGGAGCAUCUAAGUAUACAUUCUCAUUGGCUCCCUUUUCUUUUGCAUUUCAUUGCGAUUCAACACCGUUCAUCUUUAUUUAACAGAAGAAGUAAGCACAUACUUAAUUCUCCAGAGAUAAAGCUGAUCAUUUCCUUCAUAGCUCUGCCGAACAGAGAGGGGUUAUGGAAUCUGCCUUGAGAAUGAAAUAUGUUGUUUCAGGCAUCCUGAUGUUUGGUAUACAAUCACAGGCACCAUCUUUACAUAUGGCGUUAAUUUCUUUUCGAUUCCAACUGCACAGAGCAUGCACUGUAUUUCUGGGACUUGUCAAAAAUAUUGCAGUGUGUUUUUCUUUUCAGUGUAAAACUUUCUGCCAGCUGGGGCUUGCUAGAACAGACACAUGGCAAGGCAAAAUCCUCUUCUUGUGUUGGAGGGGAGGGCAAAGAGGAAGGUUAGCUAAGGGGAAGGUUCCAUAGAUGUUCCAUGCAGAAGGAAGCUGAAAGUGACAUUUCUAUGGAGAGUAGGUCUGUGAGUUUGGAACCUCUUGAGGUACAGAGUGAUGCAGCCCCAGUGGGAGCAGAGAGCUGUACAGACUGGUAUGUGCUAACAUCUGGCCUUUUAUUUUUAACAGAAAGGCUUCCUUCUAUGGAUAGACUUGAUUAAUUCCCACACCAAAAUAUUUAAGAGUUCACCAGCAACCUUUUGCAUGGUUACCCUUUUCUCACCAGUCUGUGGAAUCCCUCAGUACAAGUGCUCCACAUAACUGCUAAUGCUGAACAGUGUGAUACAUCCACGGUUUCCUUGAGGAAAUCCCAUGUCCAGCACCAGCUAGUCCAAGUAAAAACUGUGCAAAACUUUUCAAAAGGAUGCACUGCAUUGUAGUUUGCUUCCCCUUUGCCCUGGGAUGUGCCAGCACCAGAGCGAGGCAGUGCUGCAUGGUAGGAGCUCAGGCUGGAGGCUGGAGAUGUGGCUGCUGAACCCCCACACCCCAGAGUGAUCCCAGCCCUGGGGAUGGUUUUGAUCAGUUCAGCCUUGAGUGUUCAAGUACCCAGGGAGAGCUGUAGGGAGAAGGAAGGAAUUCAAAGCCUGACAGAGCAGAAUGAUGCAGAGAUUACUGAAGGCAUCAGGAGAGUUGCAUUUGUGCAGUACCCUUAGCUGAAUACUUUUCAUGAUGGAAGGUAACUGUGGUUCGUGACGCACUGCCUGAAUAUCCUUGGUUUAAUCUCUUCACACAGGCUUUAAAAAUCAGUGAAAGAAGGCUGUGGGGUUGAACUUUGGUAGCUGCUUUGGAAAUCCGUGUGUUUGCAUUGGCGUUUUCCCACACCUGCAGUACUUGGGGCUUAGUCCACGGGGAAAUAAUUUACAAUGAUGCUAUAUGACUUCUCCAUAGAUUUUUUUCUUAAGGGGGAUUAAGUUGUAUGUUAAGAACUGUGUUAACAGUCAGAUAGUCAAUAGAAGGUAGUGAUGCAUUAGGCUUGAAGUGGAAGAAGGUUGGGAUUAGGAGCACAUAAGAGCCAAACCCAUUCUGCUGCAAGCAGAUGCAGCUGUGCUCUCUUCCAUGGACGUGCACCUCUUCCCAUGGGACUAGAGGAGGCUGGCAGAAGGACCAAGCAAGCAUUCACAGGCAUGGAGCUCUACUAGGAUGCUCUCACGUGCCUGUCUGGCCAUCACUAUGCAAUGCCAGCCCCCAUGCUGUAACCCCUACUUGGCAUUCAGUUGGGAUGCUUUUCAAGCAGCAAAAGUUCCCAUUGUGCAUGCCUGCAAGUUAGGGGGGCCCAGGUCUGUCCCUGUGCUGUAAGAUGUGAUCCUCAGCAGCCACGCCACGCGCGUGCAUGCGUGUCUACAUCUGUAAAAUAUUACUGCUUUGUGUCUUGCAUGGCUGUGCACCUGCAGGCCAUGUGAAAGGCAUAAACAGCUGUGAGUUGAGCCCAUCAUUAUAGCCAAGCUUUCCAAGAGGGAAAGUAUCAUCACAACAUCUAAAACCAGUGGUGCUGCUGUACGUGGUUAUCCCAGCUCUGCUAGGAAGGUGUGGGGGAGGCAGUGGGACUGCCCAGGUGUGCAGGCUGCAGUGCUGGCUCUUCAGCAAGACCAAGGUGGGAAGAGCUUUCGCUUUAACGCAGCAUUUGUCCUUACUAUUUCACAGUGUCUGUUCCCAAAUAUGAAUUUAGGAGCGGGAUAAAAACAUCCCAAACCUUUAUCCUCCUUCCUGUGUGCAGUCUUCUGCACCGUGGGUCUGUUCAAGGUUAGUGGAAUCAUUGACAGGAUCUGCUUUGCUUCAGUUGUUUUUCCAAUUUCUGACUGCUUGAAUUGCUUGAACCCAGAGCGAUGUCUUGGAACACUAGGAGAAGACUCUUUAUGAAACAGCACAACUGCCUUCUUAACCUUUUUUUAAGCUGAUAUAUUUUAUUUAAAAGCUAUAAAUAUAGAUAUUGAUUCUACCAAAGAUACAUACUACUAAUUCUCAGCAAAACAAAACCAACUUAAUUAAGAAAUAAUAAUAAAAAGUAGUUGUCUUACAGAUUUAAGUCUUUCUCAAAUUCAUGUUUUUCGGUAUCAAAUCCGGUGUUCUGACGUUUGUGCUCAAAUGGUGCCAGUGAAUUUUUAUAUGAAGGGAAAAUGCCUAUUUAUUAAUCCACUGCAUUGCUGCUCUUUUCUCUGUUUUUUUUAUUUUUUCUGACAAACAUAAUUCAGCUUUUAUUGUUACCCCGUUGCUUUUCUUCUCUUUGAUGCCAUUCUAACAAUUUUAACAACAUUGGCUUUGCUUAUCAAAGGAGAAGGAAUGCAAAAAUAGAGAAAGAGAAGGAACUGUAAUGAAGAGAUUUGGCCUCUACUUUGUUGUAGCUGUUAAACUGUUUUUAGUGUUUUUGUUAACUAUUUGCAAAGGGAAGCAUUUUCUACAGAGGAUAAUUAAUUUCAAGAAAAAAGUCUUGAGUUUUAAGAAUAAACAUGUCUCCAAAAGAGGAGAUACUCAAUUUUAUACAAUGUCACAGCUCUCCAACAUUUGGGGUAGUGACCUCUUUGUUGUGUUAGAACAUUUGAAAUGAGCAAGCAGCCAUUGUUUCUAAAGACCCAAGCAUUCACGUGUACUCCUAUUUUCUUUUCCUUCAUUUUUAAAUAGCGAAACCAUUAAAACUGUAAAUAUUUUGUUGCUUGGAUAAGCAUCUUCUGGGAACUUUGUAUCUAUGGUAUAUAAUCAUAGAAUUUUAUAUUUUCAUAUAAAGCUAAUUUUUUUCUAGUUUCACCUCCUUCCUAGUUCUGUGGUGGCUAUGUGAAUCCAUACCUUCUGUGUAUCGAGGUAGUGAGACACCAUCAUCACACUCCAAAAAGAUUUCCACCCGUCAUUUCUUUGGGGCAGUGAUUGUGAAGGUUAGAUUCUUUUUUUUUAUUAUUUUAUUCCAUUGUCAGUGUGUGCAAUAGGAAUUAGACUUAGCCAGUCACUGGAUACGUUUGUCUCAUUGAUCCAUUCAGACAAAAAAAAAAAUGUGGUGUUUGGCUUUGGGACAGGGUGGGAGGGAGGAUUUUGAGGGAGAUUUUUGGUUUGGUUUGGUUUGGUUUUUUUGUUUGGGGUUUUUUUGUAACUUGAAGAAUCUUCUUUUUGUUAUGUUUAAAACUAUAUCAAAUCAUUCUAUUAUAGUGUUAUUUAAUAUGUAAAUUGUAUUGCUAUACAUAAAAUAAAGUAUGGAUUUUGAUGUA